ACGUUUUGAGAAGUUCUAAUCAGAUUCGUUUGCUGACAAUCACAAGAAAUCAAGAGAAAGAGGCAAGGAGAAAAAAACGACAUUUCAACGUUCACGAAAGUCCAAUCGGUUCAUAUAACUUUCUUCACUUUCUCUAAUAUCCCAUUUUCCGUUGAAAAUUAUCGCUUGAAUCAAAAUCACAACUCAGUUUCUAAUUCGACGGCCCCUUCCCCCCCAAAAAAAAGAUGAAAACCUUUUAAUUCUUUCCAUUCCCUUUUGAUCUAAUUAUUAUCGGAGAAAAAAAAAAAAGAAAAUGCUUCACAAGAGCUUCAAGCCAGCCAAAUGCAAGAUAGCUUUAAAGCUAGCGAUACCGCGACUAAAGCUAAUGAAGAACAAGAGGGAAGCACAGGUUAAGCAAUUGAAGAGGGAGUUAGCUCAGUUACUGGAGUCAGGGCAGGAUCAGACGGCCAGAAUUCGGGUGGAGCAUGUGGUUAGGGAAGAAAAGACUGUGGCAGCAUAUAAUCUUCUUGAGAUAUACUGUGAACUUAUCGUGUCACGUAUGCCCAUGAUUGAGUCUCAAAAAAACUGCCCCAUCGACUUGAAGGAAGCAAUUUCAAGUGUCGUUUUUGCAUCUGCAAGGUGUGAAGAGAUACCAGAACUCAAGGAUGUAUCCAAACAUUUUACAGCAAAAUAUGGAAAAGAAUUUACUUCUGCCGCACUUGAAGUGCGUCCUAAUUGUGGUGUUGGUCGUAUGUUGGUUGAGAAAUUAUCUGCCAAAGCACCCGAUGGUCCAACCAAACUCAAAAUUUUGACUGCAAUUGCUGAGGAACACAACAUCAACUGGGAUCCUGAAUCAUUUGGAGCAAAAGAAUCAAAGAUUUAUGAGGACUUGCUGAAUGGACCAAAUACUUUUACAGAGGCCACCAAAUUUUCAGCAGAUCCUCCUAAUAUCCAAGCUUCAACCAGUCAUGAGCGGAGACCUCCUAGUGUUCAAGUUCCUAAUUAUGAUAAGGAGCCACCUAAUGUUCAAGAUCCAAAAGACAUUGGAAAAAGUGAUGCUCACACAAGCUUCUAUGAGCAUAGCUCAAGAUCAUCUCCUCACUUUAAAAGUUUUGAUUAUUCGAAUACUGGUGCCAAUAAUUUGAUGUCCUCUGGAACUUAUCCUCCAAAUUCAUAUUCUGGGAGUGUGAGUGCUUUCUCUUCACCGAGACAACAUUGGAAUAUGGAAUUUAAAGAUGCUACUGCUGCUGCUCAGGCAGCUGCAGAAUCUGCAGAGCUAGCUAGUAUGGCUGCCCGAGCUGCUGCUGAACUUUCAAGCCGUGGAAACAUCUCCCAGCAGUAUUCAAUGGAGUCACACAUGUCGUCCCCUCAUGGUAUGAGAGAUGAGGAACCACGAAAGUAUACUGGCUCAGCAUCUCAAAAUGAACAUCUUGCUCGACAUCCAGUUAAUAAUAUUUCCUUUAAUGGAAGGAAUUCUACGGAUUAUGAACAAACUGACAGCAACGAACAACAUAACCGGGCAGGAGUGGCAGGCAUUGCAAGGAGUGGUGAUAAAUCCAGUCAUGGUUCCUUUAAGUCAACUGCAGCUGCCUUCAAUGAAAAACCAUCUGUGAAUAAUCAAAUCGCAGAUGCUUAUUCUCAAAGAAACUCAUCUGAAGGCAGGAUGGAGCAUUUUGCUGAAGUGAGUAUGAAGAGAAACUCAGGCGAUAAUGGGAUGCAAUUUGUAAAUGAACUGCAUGAUUUUAAGAAUCCUCUGAAUGUUGAUCAUCAUGAAGGCAGGGCUGGGGAACGAUCAAGAUAUUCUUCUUCUCAUUCUCAAUCAAACACUUUUACUGAUGACUAUGAUGUUGUCUCUAAUUUAAAUUGGCAGAAGUUGGAAAAUGGUAGGAGGAACUCGGGCGAAAGCAGGAUGCAUUUUGAGUAUGAACUGCAUGAUACAAAGAAUUCUGAUUUUGCUGAUUAUCAGGAAGUACGGAUCAGGAAGCAAUCAAGUUAUUCUUCAUCUCAUUCGCAUACCAGUACUUUUACUGAUGAUCAUGAUGUUCUAUCAAAUUUAAACCAUCAGAAGUCAGGAAAUGAUUCUGGUGAGGAUUCUUUUCUUCUCAAUGGUAAAGGAAGCCUUCAAAGAAGCACAAAAGAAAAAACAGAUUCUUAUGACAAUGCCUCGGCAGUUUUUGAUGAUUAUGGAUCAGAUAAUGAUGAAGAUAAUUUUGGUUUGCAGGAAGAAUAUCAGAUACAUGAAAACAGUAUGAACUUUUCUUCUCCAGGUCAAAUAUCACCUACUCAUCCAUUUACAAGUACAAAUUCUUGGAGGACUGAGCAGAAUGUCGAUUCACCUGGAAAGUCCAUUUCAAAAUCACAAAUUUUCUCAGAGCAGCUGUCUACUCCUAUCUUCUUUGAAAGUUCAACUAGCUCUGCAGUUCCUUCACAUGGAGAUGACUUGCCUGCAACUUUUGAUAAUUAUGGCCCUAGUUCAGAAAGUGAAGAGGAGGUAGAUAAAUCUAAGUUUGUUAGGAGCACCAAUCCUAGUAUAGGUAGUCAUAAACAGAAUAUGGAUUCCCACCAGGCUGAAAACAGUAUUUUCACUCCACGGUUGGCUGAAGGCAUGGAAGAUACUGAACAUUCUAAUGAGUCUAGUCUGGAAGAAAUUAAGGAAUUGAACUUUGGAAACUUGACAGGAGGCUUUCGAAAUAAGGGUUAUAGGCAUCCAUCAUAUUCAAAAAUUCAACAAGGCAAUGCAUUAUCCUCUGGAGAGGCAGCCAAUGAUGCAUCUACUAGAAUUAAGCAAUCAUCCUCUCCCUCAGCAGUGGAAGCUCCAGUUAGUUCUGUAUCUUUCAAUCAAGAGUCAUACGGUAGGAAAGGGAAUGAGGAAGUGAAUAGAAAACUCAGCACGAGAGCAUCAGUUACUCAUAUUGACUCUAGUGAUGGUGACUCUGAUGAGGAACGACCAAAACAGACUUUUAGUAACACUCAAGAACAAUACAACAAAAUGCAAAGCUUUGAAGAAAAUAAAAGAUCAAGCUUAAGGGUUCCCGUCCCAUAUUUUGGUUCAGGAAAUAGUGAUUCUGAUGAAGAUCUUCCUAAAACAAGUUUAAAGCCUCAUUCAAAUGCUAGUUUUUCUCAAAGGACCAGGGCCUCUCUUUCAAAUUCAAGGAGAAGCUCCAACAUUAAAACUACAGUUUCCUCCUCAAGGAGUUCUGAUGCUGAUGAAGCUCUACCAAAGACUCGGCCUCAGAAAAAAAACUCAGAUCACUGGGAAAGUUUUCAGCAUUCCAGGUUGGCAUCACAACCACCUUCAAGGCUGGUUUCUGAGACCAAAAGGUCUUCAUUUGGUGGAACUUUGAAGUCAUCAGAAAAGGAACAGCCAUCUACUCCUGUCCCAAAGAUUAUAUCAUCAGGUAGUGCCAAAAGUUUGAAGACUCAAACUUCAAUUGGGAAGGGGUCAUUUAAGGAGACUGCCACUCAUGUUCACCCAAAGCUUCCUGAUUAUGACACCUUGGUCGCACACUUAAAUUCGCUCAGACAGAACCGCCAAUGAAUAUAGGUUCCUUUUUUAUUCUCAUAUGCUGUGUUAUAUUCUUACUACUAUUUUCUAUCUGCAUAUUUAUACAGGUUUUUUGUUUUUGAGGUAUAUAGGGAUGUAUAAUAUAAGCUUCUUUGAUUUGAAACUUGCUGUAAUGCAAUAAAACUGUUCCAUUGGAACUGGACAAUUAAGAGGUGGAAUAAGUUUCUCAGGCUGAGUCUUGUGAUUUUGGCGUACAUUAGCAUGCAAUAUCAUCAAUUUUUGUGGAGGUGAACUUGUGAAGAGAGUUAUAUUAGCCAUUCAGUAUAAUGUCUAUAUUAACUAGAUUCAACCGACUAUGGCCCCUAAACUCUAGGAAGUAUCAUU